UGCCUGUAUGGAGAUGCAAAAGUUCUGGUGGCCCGGCUAUGAGAUGCAACUCGUUGAACGGCUGCAGAGACAACAAAACAGCUCCCAGUUCUGUGAUACCCUGCUGCAAGCAGAAGGUAUCUCAGUCCCGACCCACAGCUGUGUCCUUGCAGCUCUCAGCCCUUACUUGUGUCUGAGGCUCUCCACCUCUCCGUCUCCUCCAUCUGGACAGAGACGACUGCUCCAGCUGCAGACGGUGAGCUCCCAGACGUUGUUGAAGCUCGUCGUCCUCCUGUACUCUGGGAAGCUGGAAGUGAGAGGAAGCAAGGAGCAGAACGAUGUGCUGGCUGCGGCCUACCAGCUCGGGAUCGGACAUCUUGUCUUCAGGGAUAAAGACAGGUGUGUGAAAUGUGGAGAUCUGCUGAACAGUAGGCAGAGUGUUGGAGAACCCUCAGAGGAUGGGACUCAUGCAGAAGAAACCAGACAGAAGAGCAGAGGCCUGAGAAUGCAGGAUCAACAAGUUCAGGCUGAGAUGAACAACAAGAGAGAAAACGAUCCUCGCGUUAAUAAAAAAUGUUUCGUUUCUGUUGCUACACAGACAGUAAAAGCUGGUGUCUCAUCAGGGUUCAGCUCUGCUCCUGAUCAAACACUGGAGUGUCCGUCUUCCAUCCCUCCGCAGCCUCAGAGCGUCACACGCAGUGAACAGCUCAUUCAGUCUACAGUCGGACCACCCUCCAUCAGCGAAACAAAUUCUACAUCUGUUGCAACUUUAUCCACUUCAUUCAGUGACGACCCGAGCUCCCCAAGAUUUCAGGGGGAAAACGUUUCCAAACAGCCGACCGAGGCUGGAGAUGUCACGUUCGUUCUGAACGACGACGAUGAAACAAGWCGGGAGAACAGAGAAGCAAACGGCCCGAUGACCGAGGAUGCAGGACAGCUGAGAGAUGAGAAAACACCUGAAGAAGAGAGAAAGUCUGCAGGAAAGAGAUGCACAGGAGGGAAAAGCCUCAAAACUAUGAAACGGAUGGAAACCACACAGAUUUCUCUCAWGGUGAAGUUGAGGCGGACCACUGAGACAAAAGUCUGGAGGGUUGUGAGCGUGCAGCAGGAAGGCGAGACGCCGUGUCCUCUUCCUUCAGAGAAGCAGGACGGCUCUAAUCCCAGAAGUCCUCGGAUGGACCAAACCUCUGCUUCCUCUGUCCUCCCAGUGCAGGACACAGAGACCCCUAACGUCCACCCUGUUCUCGACACGUCCCCACAACCACCAGAACAUGACGACAUGAACUCAGAACCGCAGUCGGACGUGAACCYGGACCACAGCAGUGUCCUGGAGCCGCUGCCUCAGGGUUCUGUGGAGGACCCGGUCCCGGACCCGGAUCUGAUCCCUGACGAGGGCAUAGACAGGAUGCUGGACGAAAUCUUGAUGAGCUUGAAUAUGCUGCCUAGCUUGAACGAUGACUGUCAGACAGCACAGACGGGCCACGAUGGAGAGCAGAACCUCUGCCAGCGUCUGGAGAACCGAGCCGGGUCAGCACACGAGCACGCAGRAUGUGAUUUCUACAAGAGUUUUAGGAUACAAAGUGUCCCCUCAUCAGCUGAUGCAGGUGAAUUUUAUGAUUCAGUGGCUGAAGAUGAGUCGGUGUUUCCUCAAACAACAGGGUCCAUAUUACCCUCGACUUGUGUCCUCAGAGAACCAAAACUACAUUUCCCCAGAUCACAGCCCCUGUCCUCCCAGGAAGAUUUGUCCUUUCUUCAUUUAUUACCUGUGUCCCGUGAAGAUGAGCCUCAGCCCGAGCUGAUGUCUUUCUCAUCCUGUCUGAAUGAACUGAGACUUCCUUGUCCACUUUCUCCCUUAGAGCCUCGCAGCCCUGAAGCUCAGCAGCCUCAUCCUAUCCUCCCUGAAAACCACGCCCAGCGGUCCUCUCACAGGCCAGCCUGGUUCACGGAGACAUCCUUGCCUCUACACUUUCCUCUCCACGCUCUCACAGAAAAUAAAUCACAGGGUUCCAGCACCGGCUGUGGUUCAGAGCAGCUCUGCGCCGGCUGGAAACCAAACGACGGGGACACCUGUGCAGAAACUGGGGAUACAUCCCAAACGGAAGAAAGAUCUGAGCCUAAAAAGAUGAAGGAAAGGAAGAGAGUUGCUCCAGGAGAUGCUGCAGCAGUGCUCAAAAAGAGAAGGAAAAGAUGCAGAAGCGUCACGCAGGACCCUCUGAAUCAGUAUCUGGAAUGUACGACUCCGACUUCUCGCUCAGUGAGUCUGUCGAGCAGCAGUGUGUCGGCCGCAGAAAGGAAAACAAACAGGAUAUCCUUAGACGAAACUGUAGAGGACAAUCCCAGAACGGGUGGAAAUGGCACGGAGCAGGCUCCGAUCCAGAGCAGGAGCUUUAAGAAGAGAUCUCAGGAGAAAAAAACCAACAAAAUCCCAAAGAAAUCUGUUUUAACACCUGCGGUCUGCAAAACUGAAGCCAAAAAAAAGCAAGGCCCAAAGCGCGGACCUGGAAGGCCUCAUAAAAUACAGCUCGACCCGCUUUCUCCCGAGGACYGGAACCGCAGCGAGACCGGCGAGCAGCAGGCCUCGCCAAAGCCAGAGGCCAGGGAUGGAGGGAGGAAACAGCGCACGAAGGCGAGGAGGCCUCCGAGCGAAGUGAAGAAAACCAAAAGCAACGAGCGCGCCGGAGAGAACGCCGCCGCCGCCAAAGAUCCCGAAACGCACAAACAGUCGCUGAUGACCACGCUGAAGGAGUUCCAGAAGUUCUUAACACGACAAAGAAAGRAGUCGACAGAAAGCCGAAUGAACGAGCCCGCAGAGGAGAGGAGAGGCGCAGCAAACGGUUCGAACAGUGAGGCAGAGCUGGAGAUCAAAGAAAGUGUCGAGAUUCAAGAUCCUGAUAAAAAGGUUUUAUCAACCUCAGCUGCAGCUCAGAGCAACAAAUCAAAUCACGAUGACCCCAACAGCUCCACAGGUCAGAAGAUGAGUUCUGAUGAUGUCACGGACGUGAUGGAGCCGUCAUGUGACCCGCAGCAGCUGCUGAAGAACGAAGCAGGAGCGUCGAGUUGGACUGGAGGAUCCGAAGCUGGUCCGUCUGUGAUCAGCGACGAUGCUUGUCACCUCGACGCCAAACUGCCUGAAACAACCAGGGAAGUUUCGUCCCAGAGAACCGGUCCUCCUUCGUCAGGAGCCAACGAGCUCAUYGUGACCCCUCGCCACGACCAUGAGGAAGACGAUGAAGAAGAGGAGGUGGAUGUUGUGCUGGUCUCCUCGGACAAAGCACAUCCUGGUGGAGCGUGUGAAAGCAUGAAAAUAGAAGUGAUACCCGAUGAAGACGAAGAGGAAGAGGUUGAUGUGACUGGAAAUGAAGAGGAAGACGAUGAAGAAGAGGAGGUGGAUGUUGUGCUGGUCUCCCCAGACAAAGCACAUCCUGGUGGAGCGUGUGAAAGCAUGAAAAUAGAAGUGAUACCCGAUGAAGAUGAAGAGGUUGAUGGGACUGGAGAUGAAGAGGAGUGACUUUUUUAUGUGUGCAUUGUUUGUUAUAUUGUUUGUUCAGCACUUUUGUAGUUUUUUUUAUU